AUGGCUCUCCACAAUUUCCUAUCUUUCGUAACUCUCAGCAAUGUUUGUUUUUUUACUAUCCUUCUCUCUCUCUCUCUCUCUCUCUCUCUCUCUCUCUCUCUCUCCAUGUUUCCGCCAUCCCUUUACUCAAGCUCUUUAGCUAUCUUGACGCGGUUUCAACACUGGGCGCUCAUCUCUGCUUGUCGUUCACGGCUCAACUCCAACUCAAACUCUCUCGCCGUCCGCUCUCAAACUCUCUCGCCGUCCGCUCUCAAACUCUCUCGCCGUCCGCGGCUGAAACUGAUUUCUGUCGGUUGGGGUCCCGCUUUUAUUGACGCAGUCAAAACUGGGGUGGGUCUGUCGGCGCCAGGGUUUUCUUCGAUAAUUCUAAAUACGUAUCCACCCUUCUUAUUUCUGGUUAGGGAUUUUCCCUUUUCGGUAACUCACUUUCACUCCCACUUCCUUACUGUACCUCUGAGGGGCGUAUACCCGCUUCUUUCGCUUCUUCGUAUGUCAUGUGACCGCUUUCGGCCAAUGAGGUCCUGGUCGGGUAUCUUUCCUCCUCCUUCGUGUGUCAUCCGUGCCCAUGUGUGCUCGCUUAUGACCUGGUUUCGUAUUAUGUUUUCUUUCUUUCUUCUUCGUUUUCUCUUUCCUUCUUCCAGAUCGCUUGAACGUAACUGUCGGGAGUUUCUUCUUUUACUCUUUUCUAUCUCUUUACCUAACCCCGGCUUGAUACCCCCCGGCUUGAUACCCCCUCGGCUUGACCCCCCGGCCUUAUACCCCCCCCGGCUUGUCUUUUCACGUGGUCGCCGGUUUGCGUGUUCGUCGCUCGAGAUACCGUUCGUCGACCGACGUGUACUCUCACUGAUUUGCAAUUACACUGUCUGUUCCCUAUCUAUCUAUCUAUCUAUCUAUCUAUCUAUCUAUCUCUGUUCACUAUCUUCAAUAUGUUCACUAUCUAUCUAUUUAUUUAUCCCUGUUCACUAUCUAUUUAUCUUCACUAUCUACCUAUUUAUGUUCACUAUCCAUCUAUCUAUUAAUGUUCACUAUCUAUCUAUGUUCACUAUCUAUCUAUCUAUCUAUCUAUCUAUCUCUUAUUCAUUGACAUUACAAAAUAUAUAUCUAUCUGUUCACUAUCUAUCUAUCUAUCUAUCUAUCUAUCUAUCUAUCUAUCUAUCUUUCUAUCUAUCUAUGUUCACUAUCUAUCUAUCUAUCUAUCUUUGGGGCACAACUAAUGAUUCAUGGCCUGAAUUCACACAAUGUUUUCAGUUAGCAGUCCUUGUCUGGAUACCAUGUGGGUGGCUUUGGCUCACUCUACCAUUCUAUGUCUACUACCUCAUAAACAAUGCUGACAAACGGAGACCACUAACAGUUUUCAGCAUUACUAAAACGAUUGUCUCCGUCAUGCUAACCGGGCUGGUCCUUGGUGAUUUGGCGACAGACACUUAUCUUUCUUCCCAUCUGACAGUUGUUUAUGAAGCUGUUAUCCUGCAAGCGAUUACUUAUGUAAGUUUUCAAUUUACUUAA